AUCAAGAGAGUCAUCUCGGAAACCUUCAGUGGGGGUGUUACUGGAAAUGAUGUCAUCAUGCAUUUCUUCCUCUCAACCUUACCCUUUGGUGGUGUCGGUAACAGCGGGAUAGGCGCCUACCAUGGCAAGUACAGCUUUGAGACCUUCUCCCACCGCCGCGCCUGCCUGAUCAGGGACCUGAAGAUGGAGGUUAUGCACAAACUCCGGUACCCACCUGGCAGCCAGAAGAAGGUGGAUUGGGCCAAGUUCUUCCUCUUGAAGCGGUUUAACAAGGGCCAAAUUGGACUGGUCAUCUUGGCCCUGCUGGGGAUUGUGGCAGCGGUGGUGACGAUAAAGAGUCACCAGUCUGUGCUGAAGAGAAAAGCCCUCUUGAUUGUGCUGGCUGUUCAGAGGCUGGGCUGGCUCAGUGUGUGUUAAAGAGAAGGUUUCAGAGCACUGCUGUGGCUGUCACAGUGAGAUGGUUUACUACUGAAGAGAGGAGAAGGCGCCAUGUGCAAGUCAUACUCUGAGUGCUCGCUUUGUGUCUGUUUCCUUAAGCUGAGAAGUCAUUUUUUUCUUUUGUACUGGGUUAUUUCAAUGAGCUGUCGAGCACGCAGAGUAGCCUUAGAGAGGUACUAACCAAGAGAAGGCUCGGACUCCUGUUUACUAAAAAGCCAUGCUGAAACAGAGGGACCAGUGGGUACAAGCUCUCAAAAGGAGGACUGCAGAGCAAGAAAUAACCAGUCCCUACCUCUACCCCAUGCCAUGCAGAGCGCUGCUUCCAGGGAUGCGCACACUGUGCCUUGCACCAAACUGCUUACCUUCCUUCAAUGACAAACAGGAGCUUAACUUUCAGCUGUGAUUGGGUUGACAGUGUUUUCCCUGCAGUUUUCGGGAUGGUCUGUCUUCUGCUGUGCUCUGAACAACCACCCUCUUGGUGACGAGUCUGAGACAGGCUGUGCUGGCUGAUGCAUUUUACCAAUAGUGAUGGUUAUGAAUAAACCUAGUGAGGUUCCCCUUGCCGUUUAAUUGAGGUGAAAUAUUCACAGAUCUCUGCGAACCAGAAUCAUCCCCAGCUGGUCAGGGGAUGCAGGCUGACACCCUUUUUGGGCUCUGGGUUUCAUCAUGUGCCUGUAACAAUUAUUUGGCAGUUAGAAAAUUACAAAGAUGAUACCUGCACUGCCUGUAUUUUGCUGAUAAGAGUAUCUUAUGCUCAUACAAAAGAACUUUCAGGCCUGUUUAGAGAAGUGGGAAUCACAGAGUACCCUGUUGUGGGUUAGCCCAGGUGGGCAUCUGAGCCCCACACAGCCGCUCGCUCACUCCCCCAGUGGGACGGGGAAGAGAAUCGGAAGGGUAAAAGUGAGAAAACUUGUAGGUUGGGAUACAGAUAGUUUAAUAGGUAAAGUGAAAGCUGGGCGUGCAAGCAAGCAAAUUAAGGAAUCCAUUCAUUACUUCCCCUCGGCAGGCAGAUGUUCGGCUAUCCCUAGGAAAGCAGGGUUUCAUCACAUGUAACGGUGACUUGGGAAGACAGAUGCCAUAACUCCUAAUGUCCCCCCCCUUCCUCUUCUUUUUCCCCCAGCUUUUAUCACUGAGCACGUCAUACAGUCUGGAAUAUCCCUUUGGUCAUUGGGUCAGCUCUCCCAGCCGUGUCCACUCCCCGCUUCUUGCUGACCCCAGCCUACAUGCUGGCGGAGCAGUGAGAAACGGAGACCCUGACGCUGUGCAAGCACUGUUCGGCCGCAGCUGAAACAUGGGGGUGUUACCAACACUGUUUUGGUCACAAAUCCAAAACACAGCACCAUCCUACUGUGAAGAAACUUAGCGACUAUGAUGAAAAUUAACUCCAUCCCAGCCAAAACCAGUACAAACCCGUUCCUGGACAGAUUCCUGCAAGGGAAAACAAUUACUGAAAGAGCGUGUACUCCUUUGUGUUUGAGCUUCUGGGUCUGCUAUAAUCUUGCACUAGGAGAUAAUAUAGGGCUUGUUCUAGCUUGGGGAGAGGAUGCUGGAGAAAUGUAAGAUGAAAGGACCUUAGAAACAUUAAUGUUUAAAUAAGGUAAAUUUAAAAAUUAAAUGCAAUUACUCACUAUAGAGUAGAAAAUUAUAUUUACUGGGCAAUAGGUGAAAUUUCUUCAUGUCUGGUGAAAAUCCAUGUGCUAAGCCUUUUUAAUGAUAUAUUUUGCAAGUACUAAAUAAACACUGAGAAUUUAAAUAAUAAACCGAGCGUGGGAAGU